UGAACAGGUAGCAAGACGUUAGAGUCUCUGCCCUCUCUCUUGAAGCGCUACCUGGUUGCUGCAUUGCUGACGAUUUACCGCGACAUAGAAUGACGCGGCAGCUCACUCGCUCGUUGUUGAUCGCUCAACGAUACCAUGUGGGCAUUCCAACACUACUGUAAGGACGAUUAUACAACGUGGUGAUAAGUUACUGGAAUUAAUCAGAAUAAUGACUUUGGAUCACUCUCUUGUGGCAUCGAGAACAUAGGUAGAUAGAUAAUGAGUGAUAAACUUCUCUUAAUUAUCUCGUUAUUAAACGCACAAUACUGUUUAUCGGUAUUUAUGUGUCGUCAGUGAAUGGAGCAAUUGAUAUAAAUAAAAAUACAUUGUCAUUCGUGUCUCUUUCUGCGAAGGAAAUAAAAGUUAUUCUUCUCGGGAUAUUAAAGGAUAUGCAUAAAAUUAUUUUAAGCAAAAUCCAUAAAUGGUGCAAUUUUAGUUCGUGGUUAUCAUGGUGUUCAUAAAAAGAUAACAAAACGUAAGCAAUGUCAUUAGUUGACUUCUCGCGGAGGUCUCUAAUCGCCCCAAAGUCCUCCAUCCUCGACCGACAGUCCGGUUGCACCGGGCGACGAAGCGAACACCGAAUCGUGAUUAAUGUUGGCGGUAUCAGGUACGAAACAUAUCGUUCAACGCUGAAGAACAUUCCCGACACUCGGUUGGCGUGGUUGACCAAUAGCCGUGGCCACAAUCCAGACUUUGACCCAGAAUCAGGAGAGUACUUUUUCGACCGACACCCAGGCGUGUUUAAUAUGAUUUUGAAUUACUACCGCACGGGGAAACUUCAUGCACCUACGGACGUGUGCGGACCCCUUUUUGAAGAAGAGCUGGCCUUCUGGGGGCUGGAUGAGAAACAAAUAGAGCCAUGCUGCUGGUCAAACUAUCGAGCCCAUCGAAAUGCCCAGGAAACCCUUGCAGAGAUGGAUGGUGGUGAGUCAACGCUCUAUGUUUGCUGUUAGCCUUGUUGUUUUGUUUAUCUUUAUUAA